CCUUUGCUUCAGUUUUUGCAAAAUCAUUUUUAAUAUCACAACCUUUCUCUUUCCUCUCUCGACUACUGUCCCUUUUGCUCGGCCGCCGCUUUUCUGGUUCGCGGCGUUGCCACUGUAGACUUAUCUCAUUUGCAGCAGAGAUCACCGCAAGCAGUGUUCAGUGCAGCGCGGAAGAAAUGAGUGCUUUCAAUAAGUUCAAAGCUAGUGUUCCUAUUGCGUUGAGCCCUAACCUUUAUAUAACCCUUGUGAGGGGAAUUCCUGGCACCAGAAGGCUUCAUAGGCGCACCUUGGAGGCACUACGCCUACGCAAAUGUAAACGCACUGUCAUGCGGUGGAAUACGCCCACCGUCAGGGGAAUGCUUCAGCAGGUGAAAAGGUUGGUUGUGGUUGAGACAGAAGAAAUGUUUAAGGCACGCAAAGAGAAUGAAGCCAACCACCGCGCACUACGCCCCCCUAUUGUCAUUAGUCAUCUCCCAGCUUCUGCGACAGACCCCUCUAAGCAGCCUUAGAAUAACUAAGAAUAGUAAGGUUUUCCACCUCUGUUUUAGUAGGUAUUAUUCCCAUUUUAGACUUUUCUUGUUUCUGUUCUUUGAAGAAAACAAUUUAGUAAAAAUGGUGAAGCGUGUAAGUUCAAUGUAUCGAACGCUUUUGGUUUCAUAUGCAAGUGUUUUUCUCAUAAUUAGUUAUAGUAUUUUUGUUAUAGAUUCUUGAAACAUUUAGAUACUGGAAAUUAUGUGUUUAUCCUUUAUGUACUUGGAGCCUACUACUAAUUUUGUGUAAAUUUUUUGUGAUUGUUGUCAGUUACAGCAAAAUGAUAACAUCAGUGCUUGGUUGAGAUUAGGGGAUGAAUUCUUCUA